AUGUCAUCAACACUUCGACCUCAUCGAUCACCUUCACCUUCCCCAACUCCCUCACCAACGAUCAAUCACACCAAUCCAGCCAAAUUGACCAGACAAAGUUUGGGUCCACCUUCCACGACCCAAGGUGCAGCAAAAGGAUUUGCGGGUUUAGGCAUAUCAUCCUCCCCUACAACCAAUUCUCAUCCUAGACAUGUCAGUUCUGCAGCUUUGAUGGGCGGUGGAGGAGGAGGAAGAGAAAGGGAAAGAGAGAGUUUAUCUCCAAGACCUAGUUUAGGUAAUAAUACCACUCCAAGAGCAGUUUCAGGUGGUCCAAAUUUCGGACUAGGCGUUAUGGGUGGUGGUGGUAGACCCAGUAGCGAAUUCUUACCUAGUAGAGAAAGUGCAAAGACUCCAGAAGCCGAACAAAUCGAUCAAUGGUUCAAGCAUCUCGCAAGUUGGGAAGCUACAUUGGAAGAAAUGGCUGCCGCCAGUACCGACCAAAAUUUCACAGAGGAGCUUGGCGCUAUUGAGCAGUGGUUCCGAGUCCUCUCCGAAGCCGAACGAACAGCCGCUCUCUAUUCCCUCCUACAACAUUCUACACCCGUUCAGAUUCGAUUCUUCCUUUCUGUCCUCCACCACAUGGCACAAUCUGACCCUAUGACCGCUCUCCUCUCUCCCGCUCCCUCUGGUCCUGGUUUACAAGCUCAGAUGGAGCAAAAACUCUGUGCUAUGAACAUGAAAUCCCCUUCUGCCGGUGGUGGCGGCGGUUUUACCGGGUCCCCAAACCCAAACCAAUAUCUCGCACCUGACGACGCUGCAGCGCAAAAGGCCAAAGCGAAGCAAAACAGAAUCUCCGCUCCUGGUACUCUUCAACCCGUUGACAGAUGGCAAAGCGGUCUUGAUCAAGUAGUAGAAAGAGGUUCCUCACCUGGACUCGAAUCAAACGGUUCAAGCAGAAGCAGAUCCCCUGUUCCCGAUCCCAGACCUAAAUCUACCGAUUUUUCAGGACAAGCCAACCAACCUCGUAGAGAAUCUUCAGGCUAUCAACGAUCACCUCGACUUUCUGGUGGCGUCGGGCUUGGUAUUGGUCAUCCUGAGCAUCAAGGUCAGUCACCUGUCACUUCACCUUUCAUGAACAACGGAAGUUGGGCGAGUAUGGUCAACACACCUAUGGUUCCCGGCUUUAUCGAUCCUAAAGUAGACAGUUUGACUCAAGCAUUAAAUAUGGCAAGUUUAGGGCUUGGUAAUCCCAACCGAAUUCCUCUGGAAGAUCCGAGAAAGUUCAGACGACCUAAUACAGGUACCACAUCCCGUAAUGUGUCUGGAGCUUACAAUGACGAAGGAGACAUGAUCAAUCCUCGAUCCAUGCAACCUGGAGUCAACGCCACUUCACCUUUACUUGGUGGAGUUGGAUUUGCACGAUCGCCUGUCAUCGAUCAAUAUGGAUUAGGUGGAUUAGGUAUUGGAGCGGACCCCAAUGCGUUAGCUGGAUUAGGAAUGAAUUUCGCCAAUUUAGGGGGAUUGAACGCUGCUCAAGCUCAAUUAAUGGCAAUGCAGCAAAUGCAAACAGCUGCUUCUUUCGCUCAAGGUGGUUAUGGAGGUGGUUCACCAAACUUAGGUUCAGGUGGUUUACACUCCAAUAACAAUCACUCUAGAAAUCCUGGAGCUAGAAACGGAGCACCAGGUAGAAAGUCACCAAUGUUAGGUGGACAAGGCAAAAACUCACCUGCUCCAGGAGGAAAUAGUAGUGCGACUGGAGGUGGUGCAGGUGGUGGUGCGGGCGUAGCUGGACCUGACGAUGUGGACAUGAAGAUUUUGGAAGAUACCUCUGGUUGGCUAAGGGUUCUAAGACUUCAUAAAUAUACACCAAAUUUCGAGAAAUCGUCUUGGAAAGAUAUGAUAGCUAUGAAUGAUCAAGAUUUACAGGCUAAAGGGAUUUCAGCUCAAGGUGCUAGGACAAAAUUCCUUAAAGUCUUUUAUAACGUCCGAACGAAGAUGGAUCUUCCGCACCCAGAUGGUCAAGAGGACUAUGCGCCAGGAGCGAAGGAGAAGUAG